AUGGCCGACCAUCAAUGGUAUUUUGCUUAUGGCUCGAACAUGUUAUCGGACGUGUUUAUCAAGAGACGCAAGGUCAGUCCUGUUCGGCUUGAAGUUGCAAGCAUAAAAUCACAUACUCUGUGUUUCAAUGUGAUGGGUGUGCCAUAUACAGAUCCCGCAAUGGGCGGAAUCCGCGGCAAAGGAACGGAAGAUCUUCCAGUCUAUGGGGUUGCAUAUCUUUUGACGCCUCAGGAUAUGCAUCAAGUUAUUGUGAGCGAAGGUGGUGGUAUCGCAUAUAAAACAAAGACUCUCAUUGCUGUAUUGAAUUGUGGCUCUGCAGCUGUACCUGUCAUCACGCUGGUGGCGAGACAUGACAUUCCGCUAUCAUACGAAAGACUACCUUCGGAGCGAUACAUGGGACUUCUGAUCCGAGGCGCGAAAGAGCAUUCCCUACCGGAGCAGUACCAAGACCGGCUUAUUGCUCAGCGGACGUUUGUUCGUCCCCAAAGCACUCGGUUCCAAGUAGGAAAGUUUCUUUUUGAUAGCUUCUGGCAGAGAGUUGCCAUCUAUAUUGAAAAGGGAGUGCAUCGCUUCAAAGACGGAGAUGGAAAUGUCCCCGGAUGGUUCUUGAUCAUAUUCGAUCUCUUGCUAUGGACAAUGUGGGUUUAUCACGACUACUUCCAUAGUGUGGUCUGGGGAAGAGGCGAUGGACUCAAGCCUCGUACAUUUAAUCGCUUCGUUCUGUGA